AUGCUCAAACUUUCUUUGAGUGUGCGAACGCUCAGUACAACCUCACAGUUGUUGAAAGAUGGAGAUAUGGUACAAGCAAUAUUCUUGAAAAAAAUUCGUGAAUUUGCGCAGAAAGUUGCCGCGGGUCAGUUAAUGCGACCUGCUGAGGUGCAUGAAGUGCUCAGUGAUGAGUUGAACAGGGUAGCCAAUAAAUUUCACAUGGAAAACACUGAUGCUGUUAAAACAUUGCCAGCAGAAUAUGAACGCGUUACAGUAUCUAGUGCUGUUCAGAAGGUUCUUGAUGGAAAGAAUUUAGAUGAAUUAAUUUCUGCAGUGAAGAGCGAAACUGCUGCAUAUAUCGCACAGAGGAAAGCAGCUGCAGAGGAAGAAACUCGCCGAGCGAAGCUUCGCGCGGGUGAAACUGUGGAAAAUUAUCCUAGUUCUACGAAAAAUAAUUAA